UUGCAGUCUCGAUUUGUGAUUGCGAGCUCGACGUCCACUGCGCGACUCCAUCAAGAGCAGCUCUUCAAGAGGUCCGCAUAUCCUUCCCCUUGCAUCCGCAAAACCCUCAGCAAUCUUGCAUCAACUACACCACCACACAAGCUGGUCUGUAGAGCUUCAUUCAUCCUUUACGACUCUUAAUAUACAGCGCAGUCGCUCUUGCACAAGAUGGCAGCUGCUCGAUCAGGAGCCAAGCAACUUCAAUUCAAGCUGGUCUUGCUGGGCGAAAGUGCCGUUGGAAAGUCCAGUCUCGUGCUCAGAUUUGUCAAAGAUCAGUUUGAUGACUACAGAGAAAGCACGAUCGGAGCUGCUUUUUUGACGCAGACCGUUAGCCUUGAUGAGUCCACCACUGUCAAAUUUGAGAUUUGGGACACUGCCGGUCAAGAGAGAUACAAGUCACUGGCCCCUAUGUAUUACCGCAACGCAAAUUGUGCUGUCGUAGUGUACGACAUCACACAACAAUCUUCUCUUGAGAAGGCCAAAGCCUGGAUCCGGGAACUGCAGCGCCAAGCGGAUCCGAACAUCAUCAUCGCACUGGCGGGGAACAAGGCGGAUCUUGCGAGCAGACGAGCGGUGCCCGCAGAGGAAGCGCAAGCUUACGCAAAUGAAGAGAAUCUCUUGUUCCUCGAGACAUCGGCAAAGGACUCGCACAAUGUGUCCGAGCUAUUUACAAUGAUCGCUCGAAAAUUGCCACUAGAGUCAGCUUCCAAUGCUGCAAGGGCCGGCGGGGCUGGAGGAAGAGGUGGAAGCAGGAUCGAUCCUGCGCAGGGCAGGAACGGCGUGGAUAUCAGAAACGGGCAGUCAGGACAAGGCGGAGGGUGCUGCUAGAUCGCUCGAUC